AUGGGAAGGUUGCGCGGGCCUUUUAAUACUGCGUUGUCUCCCUUAAAGGAUAAAAUCAAAUGUCAAGGUCAUGUAACCAAAAAACCAAAUGAUUCCAUAUUACCAUAUUUACAUGCGGCUGGCUUUGGUGAAGUGGUAAAACUCGGAAAUUAUAAGAUAGAUGUCGGUCUCAUCACUGCUAUGGUUGAGAGAUGGAGACCUGAAACUCACACAUUUCAUCUUCCAAUAGGUGAGUGCACAAUAACUUUGGAAGAUGUUUAUUACAUUUUAGGAUUAAACGUUUCUGGUUUACCUGUUAGCGGUUCCAAUUUUGUGCAAGUAAAACAAAUUUGUGAUUACUUAGGAGUUAUCACACCCGAUGGAGCAACAAAAGGUAAUUCUAUUAAAUUAAAGUGGCUUAAGAAUACAUUUGACGAUGUUGGUGAAAAUGCAUCUGAAUUAGAAAAACAAGCAUCAUGUCGAGCAUACAUCCUACGUAUGAUCGGAGGGUUAUUGAUGCCUGACAAAUCCAACAACCGUGUACAUCUAAAAUAUCUUUCACUAUUAGGAGAUUUAAACAAAGUAUCCCAAUAUAGUUGGGGUUCAGCUGUUUUAGCUACACUUUAUAGAGAAUUAUGCCUUGCAACGAAACCUGGUGUAAUAUCUAUGGGAGGAUGCGCAUUAUUGUUGCAAAACUGGGCAUGGUAUCGUUUGUCUUGUGUCGCUCCUGAAUCUCUCAAACCAUGGAUAUUUCCACUUGCACAAAGGUUUAAUUCUGGUGGUCUAAAUUUUGCUAAAGUUCCUCAUAACGACGUAGAAGGAUAUCGAAAAACAAUUGAUCACAUGAUGGUUGAGGAAGUAAUAUAUUAAAUCACAUUUAUUUGAAUUUUUUUAAAUAUUUUAUUAUUUAUACUUGUUAUAAUUACUUUAGCUUAUUUUUUACAUGUCAGUUUUAUUGGAGAC